CUAACCCUUAACGCCCAUCUGACUUCCUGGCUCCUUUUCAUAUUUUUGAAUUUUACCGCUGAAAUCGUACCAAGUUGGCACCCCAUGUCGUUGAAUUCCAUGUCCAACUUUGCCAAACGGAAAUCUAGUCUUUGCCCCACCAACGGUCGUCUAACCGUUGGAGAUGGGGCUUCUUUCUCUCUCGACACCGAUCCUAGUGUGCUUGCCGUCUGCCAAAUGCAGGGCACUGACGAUUUGUACUACUACUCUACUACGUUCUCUGGUGGACCUGGGGUGAGUUUUCUAACAUCUACUGUAGCAUCUGGGUACUCAAGUCGGCUCUUAGUGGCGCUUUUGACGUCCCUAAUCCAAAAUGCCCUCCAGACAGAGGGUCGUCGGACCGUGUGACAGGCAGUCCGGCGUCGAUUCUCUCUUCAUCUCCAAUUACCCUUUCAUCUUCCUCAGACUCUAAUUAUAUCAACAAACAUAUCGUCUAUCCUCAUGCCAAGCCCCCUAUUACGACCGUGGAUUGUUCUCGUGCUUG